AUGUCAGAACGCGGUCAAUUCAGAGGCGGCAACAGAGGCGGAAACCGAGGAGGAAAUCGCGGUGGAAGAGGAGGUGGUCGCGGUGGCGCCAACAACAACAACCAAUCGCACAACAACAACGAUGCAGAGACACCGCGCCCUAAGAAGGAGAACAUUCUCGAUUUGAACAAGUACAUGGACAAGGAGAUUCAGGUCAAGUUUAGUGGAGGUAGAGAGGGUGAGUUCUUGCCCUCCCCGGAACACAUCCAAUGGAAGAAAGCAUGA